CAGGACAAGGGGGAUAGUCUUAAAUGAAAAGAGGAGAUAUUUGGAUUUGAUGUUGGGGAAGGUUUUCACUGAGGGGGUGCUGAGGCCCCAUCCCUGAAGGCGCUCAAGGCCAUGUUGGAUGGGGCCCUGGGCAGCCUGUCCCGGUGGGUGGCGGCCCUGCCCAUAACAUAGGGUUGAGGCUAGGUGGGCUUUGUGGUUCCAUCCAACCCAAACUGUUCAGUGAUUUCUUUUUCUCUCAUCCCCUUGGUUGCAGGAAAAGCCUUGCUUUGGAGCUGAAGCUGUCAGGGGUCUCGUAGGUGCCUGGCUCUGUUAGGUGACAUUGCUGUCCCACAGAAGGGUUCUUCCAUCCAGUGUGCAAUGAGCCAACUUCACAUACAGACUAUUUAAUUUUGUGCAUGAUGGGGUGCUAGCUUGUAAUUCCACAAAGCUAGCACGCUUCUACAUAUCCACAGCGUGAUACCGAUGUCAGUUUCUACCCACACAUUCACUGUUCACAAGCAAAAUCAUUGUAUCGCUUCCUCGUUUCCCAUUGGUUCUACGUAUCCAAACAUGCUCCCUGCCGGUGCGCUGCAGUAUUGCCAUUUUUCCUUCCAUUCCAUGUGACACCGAGCUCCCGGGACGGGAAGGAGAGGGGGAGGGAGAGCAGUUUCACUGAACACCACGAGAGAGUCACGUACUCCUGCAUUCUUCAAGGCCAGGAUAGAUUUCAGGAACAGAUGAAAGAACCACACAGCCUUCAUAUACAGCACAGACACAGAAGAAAGCAAGGAUUACGAUGCAGGUGAUGAAGCAUGAAAAGGAAGCUGCUGUUCCUUCUAACGAGCUGGGUUCCGCAAACACGGUCACUGAGCAGAAAGAGCAACCUGCAGAGGAAAUGAGGGAAGAAAAUCUAUGCAGAAGUGUUGGGGGACCUGAGGGGAGAAAUAGGAUUAAAUCACUUGCGACACAUGAUGAUGAUCCUAGAGAUUGUGAAAUAUAUUUGCCGUUGUCUGAUAAUCCUUCAGCAAUGGAGACAUCUGUGGACAGUGUAGUGAGGAGGACGUUUGUUGUGACGCAGAAGAGAGAGAAGAUGCUACACACUUGCAAGACAAGCUCUUCAGAAUAUAAAUUAAGUGUUGCGCCUGAAAUGGACAUCCUGGAGUAUUGUGAAAAAGAGUGGAGAGGAAAUACACCAGUAGCAAGAAGGAUGAGAAAGGGAUAUGAAGCAGUUGCACAGAAGUUUGCAUCAAUAAGGCAAGUACGAGGUGAUAACUACUGUGCUCUCAGAGCGACUCUGUUCCAGGCACUAAGCCAAGCUACUCAGUUACCGCGCUGGAUGCAGAGUGAGGAUUUUACUAUGCUUCCUGAGAACUUGUUAAGCAAAUAUGACUGGAUCAAGCAGUGGCAGCUAAAACAGAACCCAAGCAGAAAGACGGGAGAAAUAAGUGAUGAAAUAAAAGAAUAUUUAUUGCUACUAAAGAAGAAGUGGAAGUGUGUAAGUGACAUCAAAUGUUCUGUUGAGAAACAAGAAGCUUGUGAUGAAUUGUUUAAAAAUGAAGAGGAGGAGUACAGUCUGUAUGAAGCUCUGAAAUUCUUGAUGCUUAACACUGCCAUUCAGUUAUACAACGAUGAGAAAAAUGGAAGGAGAGUUCCCGUCUUCUCAUGGCUACUGUUUGCACGUGAUACAUCUAGCAACCCUUGCCAGUUAAUGCAUAAUCACCUGAAUCAAAUAGGUCACAGUGGAGGCCUUGAACAGGUGGAAAUGUUUCUCCUUGCUUAUGCUCUGCAGUACACCAUCCAAGUGUAUCGACUGUAUAAGUGUAGUACUGAUGAAUUCAUCACAUUUUAUCCCAAUGAUCCUGAGGAAGACUGGCCUGUGGUGACUCUCAUAACUGAAGAUGACAGACAUUAUAACAUUCUGGUCAGAAUGUGUCAAGAAACGAUGCUAUAAAGGGGAUUUUGAACAGACACACCUGUGCUUAGAGAGCUUUCCAGUGCUAUUUUGAAACAGCACGAUGAUGAAACGGGUGUUAUUAAACUUGCAACAACUUGAAAUUCUUGUUUUAGAAGUUUUGCAUGUGGACUAAAAUAUCAAACAGGUUCUGUCUCAAGCAUAAUUCAAAAGUUUUGCAACCAUGGCUUCUGUUACUGAUGUAAAAAAACAAGUGGGAACAUUUUCAAUCUUUUUCUUUUAAGAUCUUGCUCUGACAUUCAAAAACUAUAGAUACCAUUCUUUUAAGAAGAUAAGUGAUGAUCUUUUGUAAGAUGCGAGCUGUCUUGUGCCCUCUAAAAUAAUGAGAUACUGAUGAAUUUAAAUUUCUAGAAAAGUGUUCUGACAGAUCUUUGUCUGCCUGCACAUAAGCAAUUUGUGUAAAUCAAGGUCUCAAUAACUUAAUGUCUACCUUGUGUUUAAUGCUGCAAGAGAGGUACUUAAAAGUUUUCUAAUGCUCUAGACCUGAGUGUCUAAUCUAGAAGCCAGGCAUCUGUUACCAAAAGUUACGAGCUCUUCCCCUUCUGACCCCUGGAAAAGAUUAUGGCAAAAGGCAUUGGCAGUAAAGCAGUAUACUUUCAUUUGUUAGCAGGUCACAAAUUCAAAACCUACACAAAACCAACUUCAGUUGUAGUAGCUCAUAUGAGAUAACCACGUGCACACAAACUCCAUGUCUGUUAACAUUACUGUUUCUGUAACGAUAAGCUUUGCCAGUAACUGCUGAGAAGAACACAGCACAAGUAGAUGACAGUAAGUUUAUGGCGGGACUUCUCUGCUCUUGCGGGGAGUAUGUAGGUGGCUCUAUGUUUCUACUUAGGAAUAUUCAAAGUUGUUUAAACAGAAAAACAAAAGGGGGCAGUGCUGGCAUACCUAAACACAACUGAAGAAAGCCUUCACCUCAGUGGAAGCAUGACCUACAGAUGAUACUCCAAACAAGAGCGAAGUUGGUGAAAAUUUCCAUAUAUUUGGAGCUAUGUGAUACUGAAGGCUUUUUAAGUGCUGGGUUUAAAGAGUUAAUUAAUACCUAUCUUCCAUCUGCCCUGCUAAAAGCGUACAGCAGAAUUUCUUCAUAUGAAGGAAAACAGUGAUUCAGAUGAUCUUGGGACUUGCUGGGCUUUGCAUUGUUACAUGUGCUAAUGGUUGGUUGGCUGCAGAUAGAGUUUAGUACUGAAGUGGAGCAGCAAGCAGGGUGGAGUAUUUGGGCUUGGUGCAGCUCUGAGAAGCUGAUGCUGAAACCAACCCCUUGGUGCCUGUGGGAGCUCACCCAGAGCUGGGCUGCCUGGGGAGAUGCAGGUGUGUUCAGUUCAGGAGCGUAACACAUGCAGAUCGUUGAGUCAACACAGACAAAAUCCAGCCCAAGUUUAUUUCUGUGGGACAGCAAUAGCCCUAGCACUAGAGAGAGAAGAGGUAACUCAUUUUGAACUGAGAUGGUGAUAUGGUAAAACGUCCCCAAGUAGAUGUUAAGGGAAGUGGGGAGAGGGAGCUCUUGCAUUGCAUAUCAGGUGCAUAGCUCUCAUCCCUAAUACUCGGGUCAGUUGUGCAUCCUGUUGUCAUCAGACCAUGGCUGGCCUUGGUUCCACCAGUAUUCUAGUUGGCAAGAAAGGACUGAAAAUGUUUUAAGAUGGCCAAGUGUUCUUUAAAAAUGCUCCCUUUUUUGGUAAUGGUGGAAGCCCACGGUCAGCAUAUUCUGGAAGCUUUCCACUAGAUGAAUCAUUGUACUGUGGCAUCGACUAAUAUGCUUUAAAUCAGACAGACGCAAAGGUUAUUUUCAUUUAUACAUUUGUUGAGGAAAAUCAGAAUCUGAGAAAUGAAGAGGAAACAUAAUUAAUUCCAGUGAACUAAAAGCAAAGCAGGGGUUGGUUAGCACAGCUUCUUGGAGGAAUGUGUCCAUUUCUGAAUCGGAGCUGAUGAUGAGGUGCCCUUAUCCUGACUUCUCUUCAAGCUGAUGGGAUACCAAAAAAA